UUACUGCAGGGCGUUUAUUUAUUAAAGUACAUUUAUUUAUUUAUUUAUUUAUUCAUGUUCAUGUUAGGGUGCAAAGCACUUACAAUUGUCAAAAAAGGUUUACAUGUAAAAGUGUGUAUAACAUAAGUCAAAAAUGGAAGAAACAAACAAUAAUACAUUAACACUAAAUCACACUACUAACUUACAUCUAACAUGUUUGUAAGUUUCGCAUGAUCCCCAAAUUCAUCCAGGGUGUAAAAAGCAUGUUCAGUUAGGAAUUUUUAACGACACAUUUAAAUUUGGUAUGGUAUUCGGUAAUUCCUUGAUAUGAACAGAAAUAAGAUUAGCAAGACUUAUAUCAUUAUAAAGAGAAAGAUUUGUCCUUUUUAAAAAUAUCAAAGCCAACUAUAACUACCAUUUUAAAAAUUUAAGUUUGUAUUAUAUCUCAAACACUUGGAUUGUCGCCCAUUUCUUGGAAAUUUAGGGGGUAAGGCCAUGGAAUGAUCCCGGUGCUGUCCGAGAAGUACCCACAAACGGGAACAUCCUCGAGUGCGUCAGGAUAAAUAAGGAUGGAGACUGCCUGUUUGGAGCGAUUGGGCAUCAACUGAGGGGAUUCCCAGUGACAUCAGAACCUCACAGGAAAUUAACAUCACAUUCCAUCAGGGAAAACCUGGAAGAUUUCCCCCACAGUUGAUAGGAAACGUAGUGAAACUAGAACCCGGUAUGAACAAUAUGCCAAUAUGGAGGAAAAUAUCGAAGCAUACCUCAGGGACCACAGAAAGCAGGGAUUCUGGGGAGGAUACGAGUCACUGGUGGCGGCGGCCAGUACGUACAACAGUGAGAUAGCGGAUUACGAGGAAGGAGAGGGAAGCAUGUUAUAGAACCAAGAGCAACAACGGGAGCCACAGGUCACUGCCACUUAGCAUACAGAUUAGGGAGUAGCAAUGCCCGGAACCACUAUGAUAGCGUGAUGCGGGCAGAAAACUUGAUAGGGAGGUAGAAGAGGAAGAGGAGGAAUACCGACGAACGCGAGUGUUAGGCGAAUACGAAGAAGCGAGAGGAGCCGCUGCCCCUAACGAAUACAGUCUUAGUAUGGUAUCCGGAAAGAGUGCCUCGCAGAGGAGAAGAUAAAACCAGGAUAGGAGCCAAGAUAUAGAAGGAGACAGCAGCAUGAGGGUAACCACGUUGAAUGUGCAAGGGGCAAGCGACCCAAGGAAAAGGCAGCUAAUUGACGAUUAAUUAAGGAAACAAGGAAUAGAUGUAGCCAGUCUACAGGAAACCAAACUAGCAAGUGGGAUGGCUGCGACAAGGAACUACGACUGGUGGAUAGAUGGAGGGAAGAAGGAGAGAACCAGCAGGGGUACGGCAAUCGUAAUAAAGAAGUGCCGAGGCAUUGAGGUAGAGAAAUUUGAAGAAAAAAGCGAGAGUAUAUCCAGCACAAGCGACCAAUUACAACUACCGACACUACUGGCGUACGCGGACAACCUACUCGUAAUCGCGAAUAAGUUAGAAGACAUUGAGGACUUCGUCCAAACCAGCGAGGUAUACCUG